GCUGAAGGCCAAUUGUUUCCUGCCCAUUUAUGCACUGCCCUUCGUACAGCCGCAGACUCAACGCCAGAUAUGGCUGCCCAUUCGGCUCCGUGCUGUCCGGAGCUAACGUGCCACCAGCCAUUGGACCAGGGGCUCCAGGUUACAAGAAACUUUUUGCUGACGAAAAGGAUAAUCUGCAGUUUGCAGAGGAGCAAUAUAAGUGGGUUUUCGAUGGCGUAGAAACCGGAGUGUUGGAGCAAUGGGGCAAGAUACGUGCUAUAAAGUGACCCUAGCAUGGUGCAUUGUUCGGCUACGGCCCCCCGCGUCUUAUGUAGGUGUUUCCUGUCCCGUUGGGCGUUGUGAUCUAGGGAUUAUUGUUAUUAUUUUAAGGACAACAGCUCAGGCAUAUUGAAGGCAAGUUGCCCUGCCAGUAGCUGGUUCCAGUAUGGAUGAAUUCGGCCACCUCGCCCAUUUUGUGUCGUGAUUUAAGGGUUAUCGUUACGAUGGAGGUCCAAGGAUGUGGUAUUAAAUCUCCGCCCAGAGUGAUUAUGUUCCAGGUGUCGCAGCCAACCGAUAAGCGGCACAGCAGCGGCCAGCAAGCGCCGGGUGGUCUUAGCUUGGCAAUAUUCGUGACCCCCCACAGGUGCGAACUCUCACGCUCAUUUUACUCGGCAGCGGGAACGCCGGAAAGAAGCCUCCACCCAAUGGCGGAGCAUGGGCUAUUGGAUCAAAA